GUCUUGCUUUUUUAGUGACGUGUGUCAGCUGUGUGUGCCAAGGGGCGCUCCGCACUUACCAAUGCGAUUAAUGAAGAAAAUGAACCUAUUGAGGAAACACUAAAUAAACAAUUGGUUUCUCCGUUUCGUCUGUGCUUUAUAAGCGCGAGCUUCACAAGGACUGCAAGGAAGCAGCCUUCUGAACGAUCACAAAGGAAAAUAAAAAAAGGACGCAAAGGUCAAUCGUGGAAUGUCUCAGCUUCGUUAAGCGGUCUAGCACUUUAGCAGAGACUUACCUCACCUUAAUCACAUGACUACAGUCCUGCUGUCUGAUUGGAUCAUCUUUUGAGCUUUCCCAGGUGUGAGCUUUACCUGUAUGGUUUGACAAAGACCCCACUGCUAUCCACCUGCCCUCCCCAUCUUGGCAUCUGUCUUAUCCAAGCAUCUGAAGUCUUUAAUUGACUGCACCAUGUGCAGAGGUUUUGUGGUGUGUUGGCAUUACAUCGUCAUGGCAACUAAGUUAUAAAAUAGUCUUUAACUUCACACAGAAAAGGGUCUAGACUGUAAACAGCUUUUGUCUUCAGGGUUGCUGCCAUCUGCUUCCCCCCUCCCUUCUCAUCGACACUAGUGAGAGCAAGAUUGGGCUAGAAAGGCCAACUGUUCUUCUUAUUCCACCGCUGUCCAUCUCAUCUGAGGAUAACAGUGGUGUUCAGUCCACUCUGGGUCAUGCUGUGUGGCUGAGUUCUAUGCUCUAGCUGAAAUGAGGUUGGUGAUUUUGGGGUCACGGCCCCUCCUGGCCUUGACCCUCACACUCACCCUCAACUGCCUAACGCACCUAUGCCAUGGAGCCACACCCUUUCCUCAGGACCUAGAGCCAAUCAGCAUUGUUGGCAGUGAAUACACCUACCUGUACCCCAGUUUCCAGGGGAACAUGUCAGAUAACGACACUGCCAGACUGGGGCUGGAUUUUCAAAGGAUGCUGCGGAUUAACCACAUGCUCUAUAUUGCUGCCAGAGAUCACGUUUUUGCCAUUAACCUCAGUGCUUCAAUGGAGCGUAUCUACCCCCAACAGAAACUGACAUGGAAGACAAAAGAUGUGGAGAAAUGCACAGUCAGGGGGAAAAACAGCGAUGAGUGUUACAACUACAUCAAAGUGCUGGUGCCACGCAACGAUGAAACUCUCUUUGCAUGUGGAACAAAUGCAUUCAACCCCACCUGUCGCAACUACAAGAUGUCAUCUCUGGAGCAGGACGGAGAGGAAGUGGUUGGUCAGGCCCGCUGCCCUUUCGAAUCACGCCAGUCUAACGUUGGCCUAUUUGCUGGUGGUGACUUUUAUUCAGGCACAAUGACUGAUUUUCUAGCAAGUGAUGCAGUGAUUUAUCGAAGUUUAGGAGAAAGCAGUCCUGUCCUGAGAACUGUAAAAUAUGACUCAAAAUGGCUACGAGAACCUCAUUUCCUUCAUGCCAUCGAGUAUGGAAACUACGUCUACUUCUUCCUUAGUGAGAUUGCAGUGGAGUACACCACCCUUGGGAAGGUGGUGUUCUCCCGAGUCGCUCGCGUGUGUAAGAAUGAUAACGGCGGUUCUCCACGGGUUCUAGAGCGCUACUGGACGUCUUUCCUGAAAGCUCGGCUGAACUGUUCAGUUCCGGGUGAUUCAUUCUUCUACUUUGACGUUCUUCAGUCAUUAACCAACAUCUUGCAGAUUAACCACAGGCCUGCUGUGCUGGGCGUCUUUACAACUCAAGCCAACAGCAUCACCGGUUCUGCAGUGUGUGCAUUCUACAUGGACGACAUCGAGAAAGUCUUUAAUGGGAAAUUUAAGGAGCAGAGAAACAGCGAGUCAGCUUGGACGCCAGUUCCUGAUGAAAUGGUGCCCAAACCCAGGCCAGGAUCAUGUGCAGGUGAUGGCCCUGCUGCUGGUUAUAAGUCCUCUACCAAUUUCCCUGAUGAGACACUUACUUUCAUUAAGUCUUACCCACUAAUGGACGAAGCUGUGCCUUCUGUCAACAACCGACCAUGCUUCACAAGAACCACCAGCAGGUUUAAGCUGACCCUGAUUGCAGUGGACACGGCAGCUGGGCCUUAUAAAAACUACACAGUUCUGUUUCUGGGUUCGGAAAAUGGACGAGUUCUGAAGAUUCUCGCCAGCACACACCCAAACUCCACAUACAGCACCCAGGUUUUGGAGGACAUAGAUGUUUACAAUCCCAACAAGUGUAAUGUGCAAGGUGAGGACCGGAGGAUUCUGGGAUUGGAGUUGGAUAAGGACCAUCAUGCCCUGUUUGUAGCAUUCUCAAGCUGCGUGAUACGCGUUCCACUCAGUCGCUGUACUGACUACGGCGUCUGCAAAAAGAGCUGUCUGUCCUCGCGAGACCCCUACUGCAUCUGGAUGAGUGCAGGGAACUGUGCCACAGUGGCGCCGGGACUCAAGUCUGGAUUUGAACAGUAUGUGGAGAGUGGAUAUCUUCAGUACCCAGACAGCUGUCAUGAUGUCAUGGCCACGACACGCAAGCAGAACCCUGCAGUGGACUCUGCGUACGGAAAGACCUCACCCACAAGUGCCACCACAACCAAUCAGGGGCCAGCUCUGCCUAAAGUCAAAGGUGUCCCUGAGACAGGUACCCACCCCGAGGAGGGGAGGCGGGGAGGGCAGGGUUCUCCUGACUUGGAGCCAGUCAGUGUGGAGAUAGAGGGAGUGCGCCGACUCCCUGAGGUAGAUAAGUCCAACCACAGUGUUCACUACACUCUGCUGAUUGCAUGUGUCUUGGUGGCGUUUGUCCUGGGCGCUUUCCUCUCUGGUUUCCUCGUUUCCUGUUAUUGCAACCACAACGUUAACAAGACCAAGAGGCUAUCGAAAGACCCAGAAGCACCAAUCCCUCAUGCUCUAUCCCUGCGCAGCCUGGCCAAGCUCAAUGGCUUGCUAGAGAGUCAAAGCAAAGAUGAUAAGCUUGAGGUGUCUUCACCGAAACUCUACAACUCGUUUUUCGCCAACGGAAAAGAACAGGCACACCGCAGAAAUGCCCACCAUGCUGCCAUGACGGAGCUCAUUCACCCACAUCAUCAUCACUCCCCAGAGCUCUCUGGCUUGCCCACACCCGAUUCGACACCAGAGCUUCCGAUCAAGAGCAUGAAGGCUUUCAAGAACCAAUGGGAGAAGAAUCAAAACUGCAAUAAUGCAAAAGAACCCAAAUCCCAUAACAUGGGUGCUUCUCGAACCAACUCUAGUAUCCAGCAUCAGAUAUUCCCCUUCUCCCAUGGACUGUCCAAUGGACAGGUACUGGGUGGUUCAGCGCAUCUUGAGGAAUGUAAAUUCCAUAAUGCAGAGCGUAUGGUGAGUCAGCCAUAUCACUGUUACCCACACAAGAUUGUGGAUGUCACCUCACUCGAUGAACUACUGAAACACAUCCAUGAAAUCAAUGUGGCCACCGGUAAGAGUCCCACUGUCCUCACCUCCUCCAUGUCGGCCAGUGCUGGUCAGAUGGCAUUUGCAAACCGUGUACAGCCACAAAUCCCAGAAACAGAGUCCGCACCGUAUUACAGUUCCUCCACACUGCCUCGUGACAGUCUUACUCGUCGCAUGGACAUCCCACCUGAUAUUCCUCCCCAUCAUCAGUCCACGCUAGUGAGGGUGUCACAUCACCCAUCCCAACGCCAUUCGCUAAUAACAACACCCAAGAUGACCAGCGGUGGGGUUGUGCCACGGCAACACAGCUUCAACCAGCAAAGCUCUCAUCAGCCCCUCCUACUGUCUCGAAUGAACUCUAAUGGCAGCAGUUCGGGUUGCGACGUGAGGCACCCGCUGAUCCCUAAUGGAUAUCUAACACGCCAACACAGCUACAGCGAGCAGCCGGAAGUCCACCAUGGAGCUAUCGUCCGCCGGACAGCCUCGCUCAAACCCAACGUCCCACCCAAACCGCUGUUCAUCCCUGCCAGCUCACCUGUCAACCAGGCAGGAAAGUUCAACUACUGAACGACAGAGAAGAAAAGCCUGUGGUUUUUCGUAAAAGGCUACUCAACCUCAUAGAAUUGAAUGUGGACAAGGGGUAUUGAAAGAUUUAUAAACUGCCUUUAUGAGAAGAAAAUCCUCUAGAGAUUGGCUGCCAGUGUUGUCAGCUUUACAUUUGAACUAUAACCUGUUUAUCCGCUGUUUCAUUAAUAUAUUUGUACCAUAUUGGUAUUGCUCAGCUAUUGGCCAAUAGGAAGGGAGGAGCUAUGGGAGUACACGCCCACAUAGAUGUAGGCUGCCGCAAUGAUGACUGUGUGGCUUUACAGUGUUACUUUGGACUGUCUAGACAGGCAUUACUGAAGUUCUAGACCUGAACUUUUAUCCAAACAAGUGUACACAUCUUGUUUGAUAUUCUGACUUUUCUUGCUUUGGCUAACUAUUCUGUUGAUGUAGAGUUGAUGAACUGUGAUGAUCCCAAUUAGAAACAUGUAUAUAUGCAUGUGUGUGUGUGUGUGUAUAAAUAUAUGUAUGUGUGUGUGUGUGCGUGUGUUCAUAUCUG